CUCCACACGACAAUGCCAACUGUCAAUAUAUCGUACGAAUCGCAGCAUCCCCUCGCCUCUAAUUACUAUUCUACUCAAACUCUACACCUGCAGUGUUCUUAAAACGCCAUCCAGGAAAGAUGCUGCUGCAUCCGCAGCUGUGCCUAGGACGUAACAGCCUCCAACGCCUCUUUAAAUGACUAGUCGAACCGUCCUCAUUCGUCGUAGGACAGAUUGAUGCUGCAAUAUCAGAGCUGUGCAAAUUGGCGCUUAAAGGACGGCGCAGCACGAACAUCAUGGUUAACAGCAAUGUACCUCACUCUUUUGUGCCUCUCCUUCCGCUCUAUCCCAGUCUGUCGUUAAUGUCUCUCUCUGUUUUUCGUUGUUGUUCUGCUUUGCCGCCAUGGAUUUCCGCACGAAUAGCUGGUAUCGCAUCUCCUCAGCAGCCUCUAUCAAGUCUCAAAAGUCCAUGACCGGUACAAACCACGGAGCUGGAGGCGAAGGGAUCGUUUCGUCUGCCAAAUCUGAUAACAAUCUCCCCACACAGCAGUGGCAACUAUACCCAGUAGCAUCAUCCGUUUUUAUGCUCCGGACCAAAGCUUCAGGACCAAGCGGAUAUUUAGGCACGGCCAAGCAAAUGACUUCAGAAAAGCAGAUAAAAGCAUGGAUCUCGAACUCAACGAAUCUAUCGAUGCUCUGGAGGAUUGAACCAUGGGGCGAUGGGACAUUUCAUUUUAGCAAUGUGGAGGACGGUGCCGGAUACCACCUUGAUCUAUCAGAUCCCUCGGGAGUCCAUAUGAAUAAAGAUAUCAUACAGCCACAACCGGGACAGGCAAUAUCUUUUGUACGCUUGGAUGAUAUCGAUGACUCUGCCUUCUCGACAGUGAACGCUCCGUCGUCUCAGACAGCUACUCUAACUGCAUCAGCCUCGAAUUCCCCCUCAUCCACGGCCAUCUCACAUCGAUCCCUCACUGCGUCAAACCUUCCUACAUCGUCCAUAACAAGUAGCCCUUCACUCACCACCGGCUUGUUAUCACCGACCACAGAGGCCCACAACCUGGAAUCCAAGCCUGUUCUCUCCAUGUCAGCCGCCAUGGGCGUCGGCAUAGCAGUCGGUGUGCUAUCCAUCAUCCUCAUCACCGCCAUCACCGCCUUCCUAUACCAGCGCUGGAAAUGGCGACGCUCCCCCGAGGCACUCCACUACCGCCGCGCCAAACUAUGGAAGGGCUUCACGCCGCAGUACCUGCCAUCCAAGUUCCCAGAUGGCCUCAUCUUAAACGAGAGUCCCAUGCGCCACGAGAGGAUCUGGGUCGCCGAUUUCCCCAUCUUCAAUAAUCAUGGCAACAACACGCCGGCGGCGACGGCGGUUGCGGUCUCUACGCCGAUGCUCGCGAGGAGUCCAAGGCCGUCGACUGUUCGCAUCGCGAGCUGGGGUUCAGUGUAUGGGAGUAAUCCUGGAUCGCCUGAGUUUGCUUUCAUGGCCCCAACGCCGAGUCCGCCUGUGGAGAUGCCUGUUUGAAGAGCGGGCGAAUGUUCAUAUUGAAACCAUUUCGAGACAACGACGACAACGAGUUCAUGACAUUGAUCCGUAUAUAAAGUCCAGCCGAGACCAAACUGCAUUUCAUAUUUCAUAUUCCAUUUUCCGUUUUUCCAUUCACAAUCAUCCAGCGCAUCUUCACCAAACGACACCACG